AUGCGCUACGCCGACCCCUCGGCGAACCGGGAUUUGCUGGGGAACCGAACUUUACUCUUCAUCUUCAUCUGCGCCUUCGCCUUGGUGACCUUGCUGCAACAGAUCUUGUAUGGCAGGAACUACAUCAAGCGAAGCCUCCAGUUUGGCUGGCAGAGUGGCGACCAGCUGGCCAAUUGGACGGGGCUCUUUAAUGUCACGGACGACCCAGCAGUGCAGAGCGGCAGUGACUCCAGCUCCAGGUACUUUGAAUUUUACGAGGGCCCAUUUGAAUAUAACUCCACAAGAUGCCUGGAGCUGAGACACGAAAUCCUGGAAGUGAAGGUGCUAUCCAUGGUGAAGCAGUCGGAGCUGUUCGACAGAUGGAAGAGCCUGCAGAUGUGCAGAUGGGCGAUGAAUAUCUCUGAAGCCAACCAGUUCAAGUCCACUCUGUCCAGGUGCUGCAACGCCCCCUCCUUCCUCUUCACUACGCAGAAGAACACACCCCUGGGGACAAAGCUCAAGUAUGAAGUGGACACCAGCGGCAUCUACCACAUCAACCAGGAGAUCUUCCGCAUGUUUCCCAAGGACAUGCCCUACUACCGGUCCCAGUUUAAGAAGUGUGCAGUGGUGGGCAACGGAGGCAUCUUAAAGAACAGCCGCUGUGGGAGGGAGAUCAACAGCGCCGACUUUGUCUUCCGGUGCAACCUACCCCCCAUCUCGGAGAAGUACACCAUGGAUGUGGGAGUGAAGACGGAUGUGGUCACUGUGAACCCCAGCAUCAUCACAGAGAGGUUCCACAAGUUGGAGAAGUGGCGGCGGCCCUUCUACCGGGUGCUGCAGGUGUACGAGAACGCGUCGGUGCUGCUGCCCGCCUUCUAUAACACGCGCAACACCGACGUGUCCAUCCGCGUCAAGUACGUGCUGGACGACUUCGAGUCGCCGCAGGCCGUGUACUACUUCCACCCGCAGUACCUGGUCAACGUGUCGCGCUACUGGCUCAGCCUGGGGGUGCGCGCGAAGCGCAUCAGCACCGGCCUCAUCCUGGCCACCGCGGCGCUAGAGCUCUGCGAGGAGGUGCACCUGUUCGGCUUCUGGGCCUUCCCCAUGAACCCCUCGGGCCUCUACAUCACCCACCACUACUAUGACAACGUCAAGCCCCGUCCCGGCUUCCACGCCAUGCCCUCUGAGAUCUUCAACUUCCUGCACCUGCACAGCCGAGGCAUCCUCCGCGUGCACACGGGCACCUGCACCUGCUGCUGAGCGCGGCACAGGCUGGCCGGCCACCCGGCAGGCAGAACCUCGCUCCUCCUCUCCUUCCUGCGCCGGGCAGUGCGUGGGCCUGGCGUUCAGGCGGUCACUACCUCCGGCGUUCGGCUUCCUGCUUGGGUGUUGUGUGGGCCGGGAGGCAGGGAUGAGUGGCCCCGGGCAGAGUCAGCUCUGUGCUGAGCCUUCUGGCCUCAGCCAGGGCCCUGUUUCCCCACCCUGCCCGCGGGUAGCAUGAGGCUGGGCCACACCUCAAGGUCAGGGGCUUUGAGGAUUGCGAGUGAAUCAAGCACAUUUGCACUCAAGGUUUGCAUUCAGAACGCAGGCCUUGUCGCAGCUAGAGGAAGGCCCUACGGCAUGGACAAGGGGGAGACUGGGUGUGUGAGUAUGGUCAAGGUUUAAUUCAGACUUUUGGCUUCCUGAGUUUUAUACUGAGGCCUCAGCUGUGAAUCGCUAUGUAGAAUCUCAGAGCUUACUGAUCAACCCAGCAGUCAGACUUUCCUGGGAAGACAGAGUGGCUGAGGGAGGCCCAGGGUCUUAACCACGCCUUUUCAAACAUCCUCAGACACGCACGCGCACAGUCUUGGUGCCUCCGGGUUCAAUCCUGUGUUUGAUCUUCUGAUGAGAAGGACCAGCCAUUUGCACUAAGGUUUUCAAGCCAAUGUGAUUGACUCAAUACGUGCUUAGCAAUUUGCUUCCUCUACUGUCUCCUUAUUUUCAGCUGUGUUUUAACCAGGAGUUAUUUAUAAGAUCCGUUCCUCUCUAUGCUCCAGCACCCUGCAGAAUCCUGCUAUCUUGUGUUUCUGAACUGUGGGCUCCGGGCUGGAAAGCACUGAGAUGUAACCGAUGAGCUUUGCAGACGGGAGUGUGUCAUGGCCUCUGACACCAGCAUCACCGAGGCUUCUACUGUGAAGGCAGGACUUCCCACAUCACACAGCCGGGCAGCCUUCACACACUUGGACCCACAGAGCCUGUGCUUUGGGAAGUUAACAGUGCCUGGGCCAAAAGGGGUUAACAUGGCAUUUCACAUCUGACAUUCCCUCCCUUUGCUCCCCCAAGGGUGUAACCACCAUUAGCGUGGCUGUACCUAAUAGACUCCCACGGUGAACUGCCUUAGCACCUAGCUGCAUGGACUUGUAGAAUGUUAG